AUGAUUAGAGGUGUUCCUUUGUUUGUCCAUCGUUGGGAUCCUUCCAAAGGGUUAAAGAAACCAGAACACUCUUCAUGUCCGUUAUGGGUGAAACUUCAUAACAUUCCUUUAGUUGCUUUCAAUAAAGAGAGGGUUAGUCGUAUUGCAAGUGUCUUGGGUAUUCCUAAGCAAAUGGAUUCUUGCACUGCUUCAAUGUGUGAAAAAACUUGGGGACGCCUUGGUUUUGCUAAAGUUCUUGUUGAGGUUUGGGCUGUGGUUGAUCUAAAACGGAAAAUCGAUGUUGAAAUCCCAAACAUAAAUGGUGGAGAAGCCGAAAGUGUGCAAAUUCAAGUAGAAUACUUAUGGGAACCGAUUCAAUGUUCCCAAUGUCAAAUCGUUGGACACAAACUUUCGUCGUAUGUUAAAGCAGCUAGUUUGAAUAAAGGAAAACAAAUUGAUGGCCGAAAAGAUAAUGAUGGGUUUACUAGAGUGGCGAAAAAACAAUGGCGGGUUAAAGGUGGAAGUAAAGCCAAUCAUUCUAAUGGUAGAACGGAUAAUGGAAGAAAGGAAUCACACCCUCUUGAGGCGUCUUUGGGAGUGAAUGUUGUAAGUCAAGAAAGGGAAAUAGAAGAGCCUAUGGUUUCUAAUAAUGUUGAGUUGAUGGAUCCUCCUUUGCCAGAGGGGAGGGAUGCGUUGGGUGAAUCAGGUAAGAAUAAUUAUGGGCCUUCAUCUUCUUCUUCUAAGUCUUCGCAUCAUGCUAUGUCUACUCCUACCCCACUAAUAUCUUCUGUGAUCAAAAAAUUUCGGUUGCCGAGACGAGGGGUUGUGAUAAACCAUGUUGAUUCUAAUCAGUUUGGUGUUCUUGAGACUUUAGGGGAAGAGACUUCUCGGGUGGACAAUCAUGAUGAGGUGGUCAAUGAUCUUACUGACGUUCAUGGAAUUUGCUUCAUGGAAUAUCCGGGGGCUUAA